AUGUCGUCGCAGACCAUGACGGCGCCAGCAGUGGGCCAUCGGCCGCCUGAUCCAGGCCACGAUACGCCCAUGUACGACUAUGGUCUCCCACAGAAUGACGGCUCUCCCCCGUACGAAUCGAGGAGUGACUCCGCAAUUCGCGACAUGCAUAAUUCUGCCCCAACUUCCAAGGGCUUGCCCGCCACCCCGAUCGGUAUCAAGUCGGAACCAUCUGAAGAUCAGGACUUUCCCAUGACCGAGAAUCAGAAGGAAAUCAAUACCCAGUCCGCCGCCGGUGCUUUACUCGCCCAACUCCUUGGAAAUCAAUCCGCGCCGAACUCUGCUGCGCUAGAUCAAUUGACCGGACAACAACAGGAUCAGAAGGAUGGGAGUUUCGAAGAGUUAAAUAGUCAUCUGAUGGGUCAAUCCGGCGACUUUACCGCGACCAUGGACUCGCGUCAGCAGCAGGAUCAAAAGUCAAUAUCAAGGGGCAUGUCCAACGGCGGAAAACCUUCCGUUGAUGUGCUCGCGGCCGCCGAAAUGGAUCCCCAGGAAGAAAACGGCACGGCCCACAGAGUGUCCGACGCAAUGGAUUUCCUCUCCGAUCCCAAGUCGGGCAUGGAUGAGCCAUCUCUUCUGCCCCCUUUCGACUUCGCUUCCGCCCCGAAUAACCCGUUCGAUGCCCUACAACAGAACGAGCUUAUCACUGCUGCGUACCUCUCACAGGGCGCAGACUUGUCGGCUCUGGGAUAUCAAGGUGGAGCGGCAUCAAUUGCCGGGUCUGAGCCUCAGAUUCAAGCGUUUGCCAAGUUAGAGUUUGACGAUGGACAUUUCUAUGUCAAUACCUACUCGUUUAUUCUGGGCCGAGAUGUCCGCGCUGCGCGCGCUGCCCAUCAUCGAGAGAUCCAGUUUCGGCAGGCCGUGCGAAGCUCUCGAGCGAAGAGCUCAAGUGAAGGCAAUGCCUCGCACACGCCCAACCGUUUGAAGCGCGAGGAGAGUGGCCCAAUGAUGGGCAGUGUGGUGAGCGAUCGAGGCGGCAUCAUGGGUUUCGACCCAGAUGUUCCUCCGAAUCUUCCCGCAAAUGUCGAGCUCAGCCGACGGUCAUCAAAAUCCUCGUUCGAUGGUUCUGGAGCGCCGCUGCACGCGAACCCGGCGCAAUUAGAGUCGACUACUGACUACAAUGCGCUCGCAAUGCAAUCAUUACAGGAUGGUGCUGGAGAGGUCAAGCCUGUUGAUACGAUAGCUUUGCUCCCAUCACCUGACUCCUGUCCUACCAUUCCCAUUCAUCCUCCCUCGACGAUCGACGGCAGUGCCGCGGGCCACCGAGGGAUCUCUCGCAGACAUGUUCGCAUUUCUUACAACUUCGAUCGCAAUCUCUUCGAGAUGGAGGUGAUGGGUCGCAAUGGCGCAUUCAUUGGAGCUGAUUGGCUUUCCCCUGGGCAAAUUCGCCCGUUGCAUAGCGGUGACUAUAUCCAGAUUGGUGGAGUGCGCAUCCGCUUUUUGUUACCAGAUGUUCCUAUCGGUGAAACUGGAGCGGAUCGGAUGGAAGAGAAGGUGACAGAAGAAAAGGAGGCACAAGAGUCGAUUGAUGUCGACGCUGAUGUCGAUGCUGAUGGCGACGCCGACAAUGACGCCGAUGCCGAUGCUGACGCCGAUGCUGAUGCCGAUGCAGAUGCUGAGCACGAAAUAGACGAUAUGGACAGGCAAAUCAGCGAGAGUCUUGAUGGCAAGGAAUUCAAAAAGAAUUCCAAGAAUAGGGACGAUUCAAAAUCGUUGCCUUCUAUUGAAGCGGGUGGGGAGCAGCCGGCUCGCCGCCGUGGACCUGGGCGUCCUCCUAAGGAUGGAAUCAUGUCCAAACGUGAACGGGCCGAACUUGCUCGGGAACAGAAGCUGGCCGCCAAGCGCGAAGCUAACGGAGGUGUCACGCCGCCUCCGCUUGUCAACACCAAGCCUAAGGCUGGAAAGACUGUUUCCAAGGAGCCUUCCCAUGCCGAGUCACCUACAUCCUCCAAGCCUGCUGAGAAGCGCAAGUACACCAAGAGGAAGAAGGGCGACGGUACCUCAAUGGAUUAUCCUCUACCAUCAACCGAAGGUGGCCAAUAUGCUACAGAACCACGGUCCGAGGAAUAUGUCAAGCCUCCCCCUGUCAAGAAGCGCAAGCCGUCCCGGUCGCCGUCUCCCAAUUAUCCUCCCGAGUCUGCUUAUACCCCGGAAGAUCUGGCGAAGCCUCCUUACAACUAUGCUGUGCUCAUCUUCGACGCUCUCACUGAGGCUACCAUACCGAUGACGCUGAAGCAGAUCUACCGCGCCUUGAAACUGAAGUAUCCCUACUUCCGUUUCAAGUGCGAGACAGAAGGCUGGACAUCCAGUGUGCGGCACAAUCUCAAUGGUAACGGGCAUUUGUUUAUGCACGCAGAGCGAGAUGGGAAGGGAUGGUCAUGGCAGCUUCGCCCCGGUGCAUCUGUUGAGAAGGAGAAAAGAGACGUCCUUCGCCUCCUCCACCUCCGCCUCAACAGCAACAGCAACCUGCACCUCCUCCUCAGACGUACAUGUCUCCCUUGA